GGGCGGGCGCAGGCGGAGACGGAGGCCGAGCGGCCAGGAAGCCGGUGCGUCCGGCUGUGUCGCGCGAACACGGCCAUGGCUGGAAGCGAGCCCCGCGGAGCCGGCUCCCCGCCGCCCGCCAGCGACUGGAGCCGCCUGGAGGCCGCCAUCCUGAGCGGCUGGAGGACCUUCUGGCAGGCGGUGGGCAAGGAGCGGGCGGCGCGGGCGGCGCCCCGGGAGGAGGCGGCGGAGGAGACCAGCGCACUGACGCGGCUGCCGAUCGAUGUACAGCUGUAUAUUUUGUCAUUUCUCUCUCCCCAUGAUCUGUGCCAGUUGGGAAGUACAGAUCGGUACUGGAAUAAAACCGUAAGAGACCCAAUUCUCUGGAGGUAUUUUCUGUUGCGGGACCUCCCUGCUUGGUCUUCCAUUGACUGGAAGUCACUUCCAGAUCUAGAGAUCUUAAAAAAGCCCAUAUCUGAGGUCACCGACAGCAAGUGUUUUGAUUACAUGGAUGUUUAUAAAAUGUGCUGUCCACAUACGAGAAGAGCCCUGAAAGCCAGCCGUCCUAUGUACGGAGCUGUCACCUCUUUUUUACACUCAUUGAUCAUUCAGAAUGAACCCCGAUUUGCUAUGUUUGGACCAGGUUUGGAAGAACUGAAUACAUCUUUGGUGUUGAGUUUGAUGUCUUCUGAGGAACUUUGCCCAACUGCUGGUUUGCCUCAUAGACAGAUUGAUGGUAUUGGAUCUGGAGUCAAUUUCCAGCUGAGCAAUCAACAUAAAUUCAACAUCCUUAUAUUAUAUUCGACUACCAGAAAGGAAAGAGACAGGGCAAGGGAAGAGCAUACAAGUACAGUUAACAAGAUGUUCAGCCUACAGAGUGAAGGAGAUGAACACCAAGGAAGCCGCUACAGUGUGAUUCCACAAAUUCAGAAGGUGUGUGAAGUUGUAGAUGGCUUCAUCUAUGUGGCAAAUGCCGAAGCUCACAAACGACAUGAAUGGCAAGAUGAAUUUUCUCGUAUUAUGGCCAUGACUGAUCCAGCUUUUGGAUCAUCAGGAAGGCCAAUGCUGGUUUUAUCUUGUAUUUCUCAAGCAGAUGUAAAAAGAAUGCCCUGUUUUUAUUUAGCUCAUGAGCUGCGUCUCAAUCUUCUAAACCACCCAUGGAUGGUCCAGGAUAUAGAGGCUGAAACUCUGACUGGUUUCUUGAAUGGCAUUGAGUGGAUUCUUGAGGAAGUGGAAUCUAAACAUGCAAAAUGAUGUUCCUUUUGGACAUUCAGAAGCCUCAGGGCAUGACGUGGUGUGUGUUUCCCGUCAUCCAUCCUGUGCCUGCAUUUCUGUAGCAGGGCUUACUCAGGACAGCUAUAGUUGCCGUGAUCCUGACUCUCGACCAUAAUCAGUUGCAAGUUUCAAUCGUACUACCUUUCCCCGAAAUGAAUUCUCACAUUUUUGAUAACUUUUAUAGUUUCUGUCUUUUUGAAAAUAUUAAAUUCUGUGAAACAAAA